UUAUUUUCUUAAAUUUAGUGCCAAAUCAAAAUAAAAACAAAUAAAUAAAAGAUUUUCCUAUUAUAAAUAGAGUGUAUACAUGUGUAGUCUAAUGGACAUUUUGAACUUUUUUUUUGUUUUGUUUUCUUUUAAUGAAGCUAUGACCACCAAGGAUGAGCUAAAGAAGAAUGAGGCACUCGAAAAAUCCUCAAAAGUUGUCAGAGUAAAAAAGUUCACCAAACAAUUAGGUAAAAGUUCUAUUAUCAUGCCGCAUGUUAUACGUAUUUAUAUGCAAGAUAAUGACGCCACAGACUCAUCUAGUGAUGAUGAGGAAAAUGUUCAAGGAGGAAAGUCCAAGCGCAAUAAAAUAAUAUGUAACGAAAUCAUCAUUGAAAAGAAAAACACCAAGGUCGUUUCAAAGAGGAUGUCGUCCAAAAAGAAGAGAGAUAAGAAACUACUUCUAGAAAAUGUGGAGAAGUACAGGGGAGUUAGACGGCGAGAAUCUGGAAGGUGGGCAGCAGAGAUUCGAUAUGGAAGAAAGGAAGCUCGACGACGUUGGUUGGGAACUUUUGAUACUUCUAGAGAAGCUGCUUUGGCUUAUGACAAGGCAGCUAUCGAAAUAAAAGGUGCUAAUGCUUUAACAAAUAUUCUCGAUCCACCACCAAAGGAAUCAACCCCAUCAACACCGUGCCACCAAUAAGGAAGACACAAAAGGCAAAUUCAUACUUAAGUUAAACUUGAUCGAUUCAACUUUUUUUAUAGGCAGAUUUACUGCACUUUUCUAUUUACGAGUUCAAGUUUAAUCAAUUAGUUGUUUAUAUUUUUUUUUAAAAAAAUUCAAUGUGGUGCUUCUACGAGCACAUUUUAAGACUUUUAUAUGUGUAUAUUCUAUUGCUUUAGGUCUUCUCGUCUUUGAGCAUUUUAUAUUUUGAGCUAUAUUUUUUCUAUUUAAAAUUUGAAACUUCGGAGAAUUGACAUAACAAAAGCGAAGCUUGGAUUUUAAGUUGGAUCUUUUUUUUUUAAUAAAUAAAUGAUUUAGUUGUAUGUGUAGAUCAAUUUUACAUAUGUGAAAUAAAUUAAGAUAGUAAUGUUUUCUCUUUUGAAAUCAAACAAUAAAUGUGACUGGGUUUCAAAUAUCAUGUGAACAAAAGUGUUAGAAAAGAUGAAUCGCUGUAAAAAAAAAACUUACUUUUUAACUGACAAACUUUUAAAUUGACAAUUUUUUGGAAGACUGAAUAAAACAAAUAUGAAAAUCACAAAUAGAAUGUGAACUACUAAAUAAAUAAAUACAAAAUCACAUGAUACAUAUUGGAUUACAUUAGGAUG